CUCAAAAUUAUUUUUUAGCAUGCUAAAAAAUAUAUAUAAUUAUAGCAUUAAAUUUUGAACACAACUUUCAUUAUCCAGUAAUGCAAGAAUUUGUGUAAAUGGAGGAACCUCUGGAUGAUCUCAAAAAGCAAAUCACUACCCUAACAGAAAUUGGCCAUAAAACAUUGGCGAAUGGUUCCCCAGAUGAAGCAAGCGAAAUAUUUCGACAUGUUUGUAAUUUAGCUGAGCAAACAAAAGAUGACUUUAUGAGACGAGGUUGUUAUUUCAAUCUUGGGGCAUGUUAUGUAGCUUGCCAGCAAUCAAAGUUGGGACUAAAAUACCUUGAACAGGCCAUUCCACCUGACGGUGUGGAUGAUGGAAUAGAGAAUUAUGCGGACCUGUGGUAUAACAUUGGUAUUGCUAAUCAUGCUCUUGGAAAUAUAGACAAAGCUGUUGUUGGAUACGAAAAAGCACAGAUCUCCUACCAUGAGCUGUCUGCAAAACGUUUGGAAGGAGGAUGUCUGUGUAAACUGGCAGUGUGUUAUCAUUUAAAAUAUCGCUUGAAAGACACAUACGACAUGUACGUUAAAUCUCAGGAAAUAUACAAUGAACUUGGUGAUAAAAACAGCCAGGCCUUAAGUUUAGUGAGUGCAACAGGCGUGUUGUCUGAGAUUGGUGACAUUGACGGUUGUGCCAAAUUGUUGGAUCAACUCUUAGAUGUGUGUCAAGAAAUCGAGGACAAGCAUUUACAAGCAAAGAUCUACCAUGAUAUUGGCUUAUUAUAUAUUUCUGAAAAACUUUACGAGUCAGCAGCAGAGUGUUUCGAGCAAGCCUUAAAAUGUUUGGAACAAGCUCUCGUCAUAGACAAAUCCCUAAAAGCUACGAUUAUGCAAAAUAUCGGUGCCACUUGUAAUUACUUGAUGCUUUAUGAUCGCGCCAUCACCUUUCAUCAAUUUGCGGCUGAUCUCUACGGUGAGGUUGGUGACAGGAAAGCUCAAACACAAGUGUUUUGCAAUUUAGCCUUCGCACAAACGAAAAAAGAAAGUUACAAUGAAGCUAUCGCUUCAUUUCAACAUGCCGUGCAAGCAGCAAAAGAUUGCGGAGACAAAGAGUCGCAGUGUCUAGCUACGGAAGGAUUAGCUGCGAUUUAUUUUCGCCAGAAAAACUACGAGAGAGCGAUUUCGUUUUACAAGGAUUCCUUAAGUUUAUUGUCGUUGUCAAAAGAAAAAGACUCAAAACAUGCUGAUCGAAUCGUCGAUAAACUUGCCGAUGCACUACAAUCAAGUUUACGUGAUGAAGUGGAAAGCAGAGAGCGGCGAUUUGAUUCACCUGUCAAACACAAGGUUGUAAUAAAACAGAGUCGUCCAAGAAUUUCUCGAGAACACACACAGUAUUCUUUGAUUGCGAAAGGUUUAGAAGAAAUUAGUUCCGUAGAAGACUCUUCCGAACAGGAUAGCAACGAAAGUUUAGACGAAACGGAGAGUAACCAAGACGAGGAGAGCACGUAUAUAAUCCAGAACGACGAGAAACAAAAUAGAUAUAUUAACGAAGAGUACUUGGAAGAAAAUAUACAUCAACAGAAUGGAGUCCAUUUUAGUACGAAAAGUGCUCUUAAUCGUUAUACCCACGAACAACCAAAGGACUACGAAGACGACGACGUUCCACGGGCUGAUAAAGAAUAUUAUUUAGCAGUAGUCGCGCAAAAGCAGGCUGAAAGACAAAAAGAAGCCUCUGCUAAAGUUGAUCAUCCAAAGGAGCCGUCAAAAAUGUGCUGUGUAAUGUAAAAAACCCUAUUCAUUUUUGGAAUAAAGAACCACAUUGUGGAAGGUGAUAAACGGGCUGUUGGGAGGUUAGGGUUGUUAUAUUUUUCAAGCCCCUUUACAUCAAUUAAUAUACUAAACAUAUACAAUAUCCAUAGUUGAAUAUACGGAGUGUGUGAAUGAGUAUGUCAUUCUUUAAAAGCAUAUACACGCGUUUUCUGGAUGUGAUGGUGGUCACACGAUCUUUUUACGGAGAUGCCACCUGUUUAGAGAAAUCAGGGAAUUUGAAAUUCGAUCAGGGAGAAUGAGUGGGCGAAGAAGGAUUUAAUAAUGGAGUUUUUGUAUUUUUUACUUUUUAAUUUCGAUGUUUUAUGCAUUAUAGCUAUAUUUUUCUGCUUUAGUUAGUAAAUAAUUUUGAAUGUCAAUACGGCAAGCAAAAUUUAACACACAUAUAUACAGCUUUUCUGGGUUUUCAUGCGAAAUUUUUAUUCAAAUUUUAAUCAUGGCAAAAUUAACAAAAAUCAACAAAA